AUGGACAAAGACUUUGGGGAAUUUCCCAUUUGUACCAUAAAGGAAAUCAAUCGUGCCAGGAACUCGAUCAAUUUCUUUUACAGACAGAAACAAGCAGCCAAGAAGAUCAUGGUUCGUUUUGAAGUUUUAAAAAAGAGUUUAGGGCUCUGGCGACCCUUUAUUUACAAUUUUACGAUAGACUUUUGCGAGUUUAUGGGAAAAGAGAACAACGCUGUAAUGAAACUGGGUUUCACAUACUUGAAGCCAUAUCUCACCCUCAAGAACUCCUGUCCCUUUAAGGUUCACUUAUGUGGAUCCGUGGUUGCCGAAUUCAAUAAAAUCCGCAUUAGUUUGGCUUUUGGCUUUAUAAGAACUAUGAAAGCCUUGUGGAUCAUAUUUCUUGUUCUACUAUCUUCUCUGAAUGUGGAGACGAAGUUCAAGAGUCUCCACUGUACCAACUACGAUGAAUCUCUUGGGGUAAUCCUACUGUGCCGAAUCAAAGCCAUCAACCGCUACAGGAACUCCAUAAGCAUUCAAUUCCGACAGAAAACGACUGUCAAUAAUGUGCAUAUGCGAUUGGAGUUUUUUAAGAGGGCCAACGGUUGGCGACCUUUUCUCUACAAUUUUACCUUUAAUGUCUGUGACUUUUUGAAAUCGCGAAACAAUAUGAUUAUUGGCCUGGCCUAUGAGUAUGUGAGGCCCUACCUUCCGAUAGGCAAUUACACGUGUCCCUUUAAGAAAAAUCACCUCCUCAAGUGCACGGAUCUAGAAUUCGAUGUUGAAAAAUUCCGUCUUCGUUUCCCCAUCGAAACCGGAGAGUAUGCUCUCCAACUGAGUUGGAUAGUUCGCAAGAAGGUGACUUUAACACUAAAUGGAUCUAUGGAGUAUUACAAUUACAGGGAGCACUAAAUCACCAGUUCAUUUUUGUUUUUUAGGUGUCUAA